GGUUUACAUGCCUAAUUGAACAGCACAAUUACUUAUCUGGUACAAAAUAUCCAGACAGCAUCAGCUUAUAUGGCUUGACCUUUCAUCACUGGCUCAUCUGGGGCAUGAAUUAUUGAGAAAUGUGGGGUGAAUUUAUGUUCUGGAAAAUGAAGUAUAGCUGGCGAAAUCCAACCAUGUCCUUCUUGGAAGACAAGAAAAUUAUAUUCCAUAGAUGCUCAGGAAUCAAUUCAAGUUAAUUAAGCAGUUCUCACUCAUUGACCCCCAGUGAGUUAAACUGUCCUGGCCAGAUGGGAAAAACAGAGCUGGGCUUGGUGCUCACACAAUAACCUGGACCUGUGUAACAGAACAAGACCACAGCAAGAACUGAUUUUUAAAAUAUCUCUUAACAAAUAGAUGUUUAUCUCCAUCACUGAAGGACCGUAGUAUCGCAUUUGGACAUACAACAGAAAAGAUGAAGCCUUGCACACCAACCUGUGUGGAUUUGAGUUCUGAGUGUGAUCCCAGAGACCUAGAGAAGUUUCAGAGUGUGGUACGGAAGAGGGUUGCAGCCAACGCCCGAGAGAGGAAGAGGAUGCAGGGCUUGAAUACAGCUUUCGACCAACUGCGCAAAGUGGUUCCUCAGUGGGGUCAGGACAAGAAACUUUCAAAGUAUGAAACCUUGCAGAUGGCUCUGAGCUACAUCAUGGCCCUCAACCGCAUCCUGAGUGAUUCUAGUAGAAACAGCACUCCUCACAGGCAAUGGUUGGACCUGCAGUAUGACAGCUUGCAGUCAGAGAGCUACCCCUGCAUCGUGAGAUACAGCUCACCCACUGAAAACGAGCACAUGUACACCUCCUUCUCCUGCCAUUACGAGGAUUUCCAAGUCCUGACUUAGAGGAUUUCCAAGUCCGUGCUGGAGUGUUAACUUCUAUCUCCUAUUCUGUAUAUACAGGACACAGUAAAUACAUUUGUAUUACAAUUAUUUUUAUGUAUUAGACUAUAUUUUAUAUUGAUUACCUUUGAAUAGCUUGGUACAAAAUUAUUCUAGCCAUAUAGCAUUUAUUUCUGAAAGUAAUUUCAAUAAAAAAAAUGCUUUAUUAUGGUUAUUAAUUAAUUGUGUAGUGAGUAGUCUUGGUUCUCUCAGCCAAACACUCAAAACUUGUAUUGCUUUGUAUCAAAUCAUUCAAUUAAAGUGUGGAAGCUUAGUUAAAGCUUAGUGUACAAUAAUAUCUGUAAAUGUCUUCUUAAUUUUUUUGUUCUUUUUGUAAGUUUGGGUUUAUUGUAAACUGUGGCUUGUCAGCAAACAGCAGACAGUUUAGAGCAUGUUUAUUUAGCCAAAUAUACAGUCUAGCAGUAGCAACUUUCAUUGUAUAUCAAUUUCUAGUACAUCAGUGUGAGAAUAAACUUAAUAAAUUCAGCUCCUUAUGUUUUUUGCUUAUUUUAGACAUGGAUCAGCACACAAUAAAUUGUUCAUGACAACAA